UCUGUUUGUGCUAUAGGAAAUAAAUCAGACAUUGCGGAGUUGAUUAGGCAUACAAAACUUAUUAUCUGGGAUGAGGCUCCGAUGCAACACAGGUUUGCUUUUGAAUGUUUGGAUCGCUCACUCAGAGAUAUUAUGAAUCUGACCCAGCGCGCGCAGCUCUACCUUUUGGAGGAAUCACAGUAGUACUUGGAGGAGAUUUUCGGCAAAUUCUUCCAGUCAUACCUCAUGGAGACAGGGCUGAGAUUUUGGGAGCGUGUAUAACCAGGUCAAGACUUUGGAAUAUAUGUAAAAUCUUCAUUCUAAAAAGAAACAUGCGACUGAAUAAAAGGACGUCUCAGUCUGAAAUUGAUGAAGUCAAUGAAUUUGCCAAAUGGGUGCUUCAAGUAGGAGAUGGAAAUUUGGAAGGUGGUGAGGAAGCUGAAAAAUCUUUUAAGGAGGACGGUAUUCAGGUGCCUAUGAAAUUUUGUGAUUUGGAAAAUGACAACUCUGUCGAGAACAUGAUUCGCAGCAUAUAUCCAGAUUUUGUUGAGAAUUCAAGCAAUGCAAAGUAUUUGAGUGAUAGGGCCAUUUUGACUCCUACUAACCAAACUGUUGGUCACCUAAAUUCUCUCAUUGUGGAUAUGAUACCUGGCGACGCAGUGACUUAUUAUAGUGUUGAUAAUGCAGAAGAAUUUGCCGGCACAGAGGAUGAUUUACAGUCUGCAUUUCCUAUUGAGUAUCUUAACUCUCUUAGCAUUCCAGGUAUGCCUGCUCAUGAUUUGAAGUUGAAGGUUGGUGUAGUUGUGAUGCUGAUGAGGAAUUUGAAUCAGACACUUGGACUUUGCAAUGGAACUAGAAUGAUUGUGACCAAGUGUUUGAAAUAUUGUGUAGAGUGUGAAGUGAUAUCUGGCACCUUCAUCGGAACAAGGCACUUUAUUCCUAGAAUGGAGUUAUGUCCAAGUGAUUCUGUACUGCCUUUCAAGCUGGUAAGGAAGCAAAUGCCCCUGCAAAUUUGCUAUGCUAUGACUAUAAACAAAUCUCAGGGACAAUCCUUAAAAACAGUUGGUCUAUUUCUUCCAAAACCUGUCUUCACACAUGGUCAGUUCUAUGUUGCUAUUAGUCGUGUGACAUCUCCUGGAGGUUUAAAGAUUUUUAUUGAUGACGACCGUGGUUUUCCAACUAAUAUUACCCAAAAUGUAGUGUACAAAGAAGUCUUCUAUGCGCUGCCUAGGUAGAACUUUAGAUUGCUCUGUGCAUACACAG